CAGUCUGGACCAAGAGGAACCAGAGUCACUACAGAGUAAAGAGGAGCAGGAGACGAUCUGCACCAGUCAUGAGGGAGAACAGCUUGAACUGGAGCAGGAGGCUGAUACAUUAUUGUUGACUCCUGAUAAUGAGGAAAGUGACCACAUGGAACCAGAACCAGACAGUGACCACCAGCUCCUCUCUCACAGCUCUCCUGUAGCUCAGAGUCAAGAUCAGACAGGAAGUCACCAUGUUGACUCUUUGUCUAAUGGAAGUGAGAGACGUAACAGGAACAAAGUAGAGAAAUGUGACACAUCAAAGAUUGAGUCUGAAACUCACACAGGUAAAAAGUCUUUUAAAUGUGACACUUGUGGAAAAAGUUUUGUUUAUAAGUCUCGACUGAUUAUACAUAUGAAAGUCCACACAGGAGAGAAACCUAUUUCUUGCACAACAUGUGGAAAGUGUUUUGGUUCAGGUAAGGACUUGAUAGUCCAUGGAAGAAUUCACUCUGGUGAGAGGCCAUAUUCCUGUAAAAUGUGUGGCAAGCGUUUUAUCCAGAAGGGGAAUUUAAUAAUCCAUGAAAGAAUUCACUCUGGUGAGAAGCCAUAUUCCUGUAAAACAUGUGGAAAGAGUUUUAUCCAGAGGAGGAAUAUGAUAGUCCAUGAAAGAAUUCACUCUGGUGAGAAGCCCUAUUCCUGUAAAUCAUGUGGAAGGAGUUUUGGUCAAAGUCCUCAUUUGAUAAUACAUGAAAGAAUUCACACAGAUGAGAGGCCACAUUCCUGUAAAAUAUGUGGAAAGUGUUUUAUUCAAAGAUCGCAUUUGAUAGUCCAUGAAAGAAUUCACUCUGGUGAAAAGCCAUAUUCCUGUAAAAUAUGUGGAAAGUGUUAUAUUCAGAAGGGGAGUUUGGUAGAACAUGAAAGAAUUCACACUGGCAUGAAGCCACAUUCCUGUAGAAUAUGCGGAAAAAUGUUCAUUCAGAGGGGGGGUUUGAUAGAACAUGAAAGAACUCACACUGGUGAGAAGCCACAUUCCUGUAAAACAUGUGGAAAGUGUUAUAGUCGAAAGGCGAAUUUGAUAGUCCAUGAAAGAACUCACAUAGGCAAGAAGCUAUAAACCUUUACAACACGUGAAAAGUGUUUCAGUCAAGGUUUGUCUUUGGUACAUCACAAAAAAACCUCAUGAAGGUGAGAAGCCAUAUUUCUGUGAAACGUGGAGAGUAUUUUAUUUGAAAGGAGUAUUUGAUAAUCCAUGAAAGAAUCCACACAGGAGUGAAGCCAUUCUCCUGUGAAACAUGUGGAAAGGAUUCUAAAUAUAAGUUCUGUUUGAUAGAAGAAUUCAUUCAGUUCAUCUUAAGUCUUUCACAUUCCAGCAUCAUUUCCUCCCCCUUGGCCUGAAAAUAAUUUACACUUCCAUGGUUACCCAGGUGGCACCCAGCUUUAUUUUUCCAGGAAUCCCAACUCUACCCUCCACUGUUCCCUCUCCAAUUUCCCGGUGCCCAUAUAAUCAACAAAACCCCCUCCUUCCUCUACAUCACCCCUAUUUUAUAGUGGUAUAUCCCAAUAAAAUUCUGUAUCACUUCCAAAAUCCUAUGCAUUUAAGACCAUCCUUCACCUUGGCCCUCCUUAGUUGUGCAACCUGGUCCACAUUGAACUAGAGCUGCAACUAAUGAUUAUUUUAAUAAACGAUUAAUCUGUCGA